CACGCAGAGCAGCCCCAAUGGGUGGCAGAAGGCAUCUGGGGCUGGCGGGGGGCUCAAGACCAUCUCCAGCAUCUCGUGAUAGCUGCGGGUGGUGGCCACCUCCAGGACACCAACAUCCGUCCGCUCCAGGGUCACCUGGGGAUGCGUCCCCUCAAUAAACCACACGCCAGGCUCAGCAUCCCCAGCCGAGCCCCCGGCCCUGGCGUUCAGCUCCCACGUCCCCCAAGAAGGCUGGGUGGCGGUGCCAUCCCCUCGGCGGGGUGACGGGUGCCCUGUCCCCGAGCCAGCCGGUGCCCGGUGGCCGUUCCCACGCGGCGCUGCGUGGCCGUGCCGUGCCGGAUGGGGAUGGGGAGCGCUCGGUGUGGCCGGGAAGGAGGCGUUUCCCAGCCCCACGCUGGCCCGGGGCCAGGCUCCGAAAUGAGCCGCCUUGCACCACACCGUGCGCAGGGAGCUCCCACUCACACCUCCCUGGUAUAAAACCCCGGUGCACCGCAGCCCGCUCAUACCCGGGACAGCCCUCGGAGCAGCUCCCCAAGACCCCGUCGGAGCAGACAGCCCCACCGAGGGACCCUCAGACCCCGCAAGGAGCAGCAUGGGCCAGUGCAACUGCCGCAAGAAGCGCAAGGACUGCCAGGAGCUCACCGACGUGGAGCAGGCCAUCGAGACCGUCAUCAACCAGUUCCACUGCUACGCCGUGAAGGGGCAGAAGGAGUACCUGACCCCCAACGAGAUGCGGGAGCUGGUGGUGCAGAAGCUGCCCCACUUGGGCAAGUGCGUCGGACCGCUGGAUGAGAAGAUCGAGUGCAUGGGAGACCCUGACGAAGCCAAACUGGAGUUCGGAGAGUACUGGGACAUGAUGGGGGACGCGGCCAAGGGCUGCCGGAGGAAGUAGAGGGCAUUGGGGGACAAGAAGGCGCCCGAGGCCUCGGGCUCUGCACCGCGAUGAGGUCCCGGCGGCUGCGUGGUUGCAGGUCCCCCGGCCCCGGAGCGUCGCAGCGAGAGGGACUUUGCUCCUUUCCCCCCCCCCAAAUCCCUUCGAUGUGGGGGCUCCGGGCCAGCCCCGAUGUCGCCGUUGGUGGCCUGGGCAUAGUUUCUGCUCCCACCCUCCUGGACCGGGGGCACGAUGCCUGCGCUGCUCAGGUUUUGGGGUGCUGCGCCUGCGCGAGGCUCCCCACCUGCCCCUGGCUGGCAGCCGGGCUCGGGGCUGAGCUGGUGGCGGGUUGUUAUCAGCUUGCGUCACUUGCAACCAUUUUUGUAUAAAUUAAUAAAGGAAAAAUGGAAAAAAAAAACCACAAACAAACACA